UGUUGUAACUGUCGAGAUCUGCAAAAAUGAACUUGUUCCCUUUUUCUUAAUAUAUUUUUUUUCAAGAGAGUCACUUCCUUUCACUUUUUCUCUCCGACCGUAAUUCGGCACCCUCGCGGAUCGUAGCUCCAGCUUCAGUGACGAAUCUGCCAGUCGGUAGAAGAAGAUUGCUGUUCCAAUGAAAACAUCCGCAACAGUAGCCAGUUGAAACAGUUCACCUUACUUGAACAAAAAUAUCUAGACUUCACCGAAUGUAGUUCGCUAGCAUAGCACCUGGAAAUAUAUAAAGCGCUCUGCUCCUAGAUGCAUUAUGUGACGUUUUCUGUCAGAAGAGAAUACUUCCUUCGAUCGUGGUGGAUAGCUAACGAUAGCAACGAAGCUAGCUUAGUUCAACAAGCAUUUCAACUUGAUUGAUGCCCAGUUACCUUCCAGCAGAUAACUUAUAUCAGUAAAUGAACUAUGGCAGAAAGAUGGUGAAAAGGAUUUCUACAGUCCGCUUACAUGGAGAACACCCUGUUUCGAAGUGGGGUGCAGGAGAAAGAUGGACUUGCAUGGUUGUGGAGCCGUAGUUACUGCAGCUCCCCUGUUUUCUGCCAGGAGCCAAUCUUCGGUGAUUUUCAGGGCGACAUCUCCUGUCAGGGUAUCAGCAGGGAUUGCUGGUUGCUCUAAUGAGCGCUCAUGGAGAGAACAGAUUUCCAGAGGUGGCUGGAGUCAGUCUCGACCACUUUCCUCACACUAAAUGACCAGCAGCGAAACCAGUCUUUGGACCACAUUAUAUCCCUUAGCGGUGCAGCCCAGCUUCGUCAUUUGUCAAAUGGCCUGGAGGCACUCCUCAAACGUGACUUUCUGCGACUCCUGCCGCUGGAACUGGCUUUCUAUUUGCUGCGCUGGUUAGAUCCACAGACUUUACUCUGUUGCUGCUUAGUCUCCAAGCAGUGGAAUAAAGUGAUCAAUUCAUGCACAGAAGUGUGGCAGAACGUUUGUCGGGAGCUGGGCUGGAGGAUUGACGAGUCCAUUCAGGAUGCAUCCCAUUGGAAGGGUGUCUACCUUAAAGCUAAACUGCGUAUGGUUCAACUGAAGGAUCAGAAGGCCUUUGAGACAUCCUCACUCAUUGGCCACAGUGCUCGUGUGUAUGCUCUCUAUUAUAAGGAUGGUCUUCUCUGCACAGGAUCUGAUGAUCUCUCUGCAAAAUUAUGGGAUGUACGUACUGGUCAAUGCAUUUAUGGAAUUCAGACUCACACCUGUGCCACCGUGAAGUUUGAUGAACAGAAGCUCGUGACUGGAUCCUUUGACAACACGAUUGCAUGUUGGGAAUGGAGCACAGGGGCCAAAAUUCAGCACUUCCGUGGCCACACUGGAGCAGUUUUCAGUGUGGACUACAAUGAUGAGAUGGACGUGCUGGUGAGCGGCUCUGCAGACUUCACUGUGAAGGUCUGGGCUCUGGCAGCCGGUGCCUGUCUCAACACUUUGACUGGACACACUGAAUGGGUUACCAAGGUGAUACUCCAGAAAAGUGAAGUGGAGUCUGUGGUGCACAGUCCUGGUGAUUACAUCCUCCUGAGUGCUGAUAAGUAUGAAAUUAAGAUCUGGCCUUUAGGGAAAGAAAUCAACUGUAAGUGCUUAAAGACACUGUCAGUGUCGGAGAACCGCAGCAUCAGCCUUCAGCCCCGUUUGCAGUUUGAUGGACGCCACAUUGUUUGCAGCUCUGACAUCGGAGUGUAUCAGUGGGAUUUUGCCAGUUUUGAGAUUCUCAGGGUGAUAAAAGUGCAGGAUCCAGCCAACUUGUCCUUGCUGAGCUUCGGUGAGGUGUUUGCACUCCUAUUUGACAACCAUUUCCUCUACGUGAUGGAUCUCAGGACAGAGUCAAUUUCAGGCCGCUGGCCUCUACCGCCGUACAGGAAAUCAAAACGUGGAUCCAGUUUCCUGGCUGGCGUGACAUCGUGGCUCAAUGGCUUGGAUGGGGACAACGACUCUGGACUGGUGUUUGCGACAAGCAUGCCAGAUCACAGCAUUCACUUAGUACUAUGGAAGGAAAACGGCUGAAGAGGAUCGAACCCGAUAUUCACCCAAUGUGAAGUAGGGCUGCACAAUAUCGAAAAAAAAAUAGCGUUAUGGCGAUCAUGGCCCAUGCAAUAUGUAUAUCGCAAAGACACGCAAUAAUUUUGAUUUGGAAUUGGAUGCUUUUGUCUGAAGUUGACCAGUCAGAUGCAACUGUAAACGCAUAUCACCAAUCAGUAGGUGAACAGUACCUAGGGGCAUUCCAAUUCAUUAGCUGAGAAAACACCGAGCUUGCUUAUUUUGCCGCAUGAAAAGCUGUAUUCCUUUCAUUGGCUAAUAAUGUCUCUUCUUUAGGUACUUGUUAAAUAUCCUGAUAUUGAUAUCACUGUAUUCAACACCCAUAAUCGCAUAUCGCAUGUUUUUAAAGUAUCGUGCAGCCCUAAUGUAAAGCACCAUCAUUGUGACACACGCGGACAUAAAAGGAUUAUGGUUUAAUUAAGGAUUUUGUUUUUAUCAAUUUCAUGUAACCCUGCAGCGAGGGGCUGUAGAUUUUUGUCAAAUCAGAAAGCACGAGACCACUCCUUGGAGUCCUGGCCUACAUGACGUGACAACGGUGAAAGACUAUCCAAUCUUUGCGCUCAAAAUAAACUGCACACAUUCUUUUGUGUCGGCUGUAUUAAACAUUUUGACAUUUGUGUUGAAUCGAACAGUGAAGCAAAUCCUGAGACAACAGAUGGACAUUUUAGCUUUUCAUUUCCAUUUAUUUAUAUGGAUUGGAAACAUGACUUUGCUCUUACCUUUUCUUUUAAUCAACACAUUUUUUUUUUCUUGAGCAGAUACAUCUGACUGACAGGUGUGUUUUGUCGCGAGGUAUAUCCUAACUCAUUGAUUAUUCAAACUAGGCUAAUUAAAAAAAAAAAAAGAUUUGCUCUGAUCUCCAACAUAGACUUGUCUGUACACACUGAGAUACUGUCACUCAUCACUUGCGCUUGAAUGGCUUAUUCUGGGACAGUGUUGCUGAUCUUUAUUAAAGAAUAACAUGAUGCUAGCAGCAGAAUUAACUUAAA